CACUAAACCGCAAAUCCAACGCAACCCCAUCAUGCCAUGCUACCGGGUCUGAAGGAUGGCCGAGGUGCUGCGAUGAUACCUAGUGUGUGCUCGAAAAUGGGACUCGAGCUGAGCCUGUCAACAUACCUACGCGAGUCGUGGUUCACCAGCACGGGCAGUUGCAUAAUCUGAUGCUUCAUUCCGUGGAACGGCCCGCAUUCGCGCACCUGGCACUGCGACCGCCGACUACCUAUGCUACUGCCUAUGUGUGCUAUGCUAGUACAAUGCUGCUGGCUGCAUCGUGCCAGCACUGCUCAUGGCACUGUCUGGACCAUCUGGAACACCAGUUCAUCCGACCCAAUUGUUGUCAUUUCGUUUCGGCCGCAGUCGCCUGAACAAUCGCAAUCCGCAACAACGAAAACAAAGAAUCUGGUCCUUUCAAGCAAGAACAUCAAACGACAAUUGCAUUGAUGAGCCGGUGGAAGGCGUCAUGCUCUGAACGGUUGGC